GCACAUCAAUAUAUAGCAUAUAAUUGAUCAGUGCUCAACGAAAUUGUUCAGUCCCUGAAUCUGGAACCCAUUGUUGUAUUCCUCGCACGUUGCCAGUAGCCAUGUUUUCGACACACCUUGAAUCUGGAACCCAUUGUUGGCUACGCUGUUCGGUAUGGCAGCCGCGAAUGGUAAGAAAGCAGACCCAUGCCUAACAAUUGCAACUAUAGGCUCCAGCAUACACCAAACAUUGGCCCCACCGCAAUCUAAUCCAAAUUAAUCAUGCUGCAUGCACCGAUCCCAUGGCCUUGUCCCCUGCCAACUUUUCUCAAUGACAAGCACAGUUCACCGUCAAGAUGUCCUUCCCCUGGCCUAUAAAUUCAGCAAGCGGCUCAGCUCAACACCAUCACUUCUUCAUCAGCUCAUCCACCAACUGAGCACUGCAACAUCCAUAGCUCACUUCUUGAGAUCUCUGAGAAUCAACUAUGGCCAGUGCCAAGAGACUUGCUCAAUUGGCGAAGAAGUUGCAGAGGGUGGAAGCACUUAGGAGGAAGAGGCUCACGGUGUCAGCCAAAGAAGAUCAAAAGUGCUACAGUUCUGUACCAGCCAAGGGCCACUGUGUCAUGUACACGGCUGAUGGGGGGCGUUUUGAGGUCCCGUUGGAGUACCUCAGCACGACGGUAUUCGGCGAGCUCCUGAGGAUGUCCCAGGAGGAGUUUGGCUUUGCGAGCAAUGGCGAGAUCACACUGCCCUGUGAUGCUGCAGUGAUGGAGUAUGCCAUGUGCUUGCUCAGGAGAAAGGCCUCCGCCGAGGUCCAGAGUGCAUUGCUGAGCUCUAUGGUGACGUCUUGCCACUACACUGGCUGUGUGAUGCCUACUGUUGGAGCCAGCAACCAGAUUUACUGUUUGUAGCUUCUGAAGAACAUGCAUUCAGGACCCUGAUGAUGUCUUCUGUUUUGUGUGCUUUGCUUGGAUAGUGUAAGAUAGUUAGACAGCAGAUACUAGGAGCAGAAAAUUGUAUAUAUAGCAAUCUGAUCAUCAAUGCAACAAAGCAGUAUCAUGGCCACCAGCA